AUGAAACUGUUGAAAUAUCCGCUCGCCGAGCAUGAUAGAGGUGUGAAUGCAUUGGCAGCUAUAGGGUCUUGGUUACUAUUGGCAGAUAUUGACGGUCACGUGCAAGUAUGGUCACAAGCAAGGUUGGUGGAAGCAGCCUUUAAUGGUAGUAAGAUCAAGAAUUUGUGCAUGGAAUAUAGCCUAGCCAUGACAAAUACGGGGAGUCCGGAAGAUCGAAACAUUUUCUUCCUGUUAGGAGACGAGCAAAAGCUAUUUGUUGGUACCGAACAAAGACUUUUCUGUUACAGGCGAUGGUUGGAAAAAGAUAAGGUCGAGAUCAGUCAAAUAUUUGAUUGCAAGCCACCUAGCACUAUCACAGAUGUCAAGUAUGACUCAGUCAACGAUGUCUUAUUUAUAUUGCAAAGCAAAGUGAACUGUAUUUUAAUUUUGAAUGCUGGGAGCAUGAAGCGAUUGGCUAAAAUUUCGUUGUCGGACACAAUGGCGCCAAUAACGGGAGUCAUUGAUCCCAUGGGACAAAUAUUCAGUGUGAUGGUAUCCGAUAGGUCUGUUUUGGUUUAUCAGUAUAACGCAAAAGGGUCAUUUAAACUGCAUCAAAAAUUGGGCCAAUCUGUCGACAUCAAUCCGUUACAUUACAACAUAACAAUGUCACCUCAAGCAGAUGUAUUACCCGUGAUAAAUUCUUUGAAAGGAAGUUCGACUACUACGUCGACCUCCAUACUGUUACUAGAUCGAAAUGAUAAUUAUAAGACAUCCACUACAUUGGUCUCUAUACCUUCAAAUAAAUGCAAAGUGCUGAAAUUUUCACCAGUAAUUUAUGAGAAAACUAAUGCUAAAAAGGGUAUCAAGACAAGAUAUAACCUACUUGCAACCUCCGGCUCCAAAGACGGUACUGUCGUUGUUUGGAAUACAAAGAGAGUAAAGCCACUUUUCAACGCCAUUCGGGUUUCGGAGACUCCUAUAAUAGAUAUGGCGUGGUCUUGUGAUGGUCUAAAACUUUUUGUCAUUUCUAAUGAUAAUGUCCUUUACAAUUUUGCCUUUCAAGAGAACGAUCUGGGCGAUGUUCUUGACGAUAAAGAAAUGAAGUCCUUACGUGCAAAUAAUCAAAAGCUAAUGCCGUUACCUGAAGCAGAGGAAAAACCAGAAGAGACGACUGUUAAGCUGGAAAAAGACAAGUCUUUGUCAUUACUUGAUACUGAUAAUGUGAAGACGACAACCGGUAAAAAAGUCACAAAGAAAAAACUGCCUUCUGAUUUGUUGAAAACCACACAGAGCACUACAAUGGAGUUUAAUGGGCCCUCUUACAAUGUACCGAAGGAUCUGAAGCGUAAACCCAAGACGGAUCUCUCUAAGGAAGUUAAUGGUAAUAAAAAAAUGAAAAAGGAUUUGGAGCCGAUGGAUUUCCUCGAUACAGGUUUGCUAUUGCCCAUGGUAUCCUUUUCAAAAAUUAGGCUUGCAAGUCCUAAGGUUCGUUUGAAUUUCAAGUAUUCUCCUCCUUCCAAAGGAAACCUUGUCUUUGAUAUCAAGAAUGGCUCGGGCAAUGAGCAAAAGCCAACAAUUUUUACAUUAACAUCCAAAAUAGAGGAGCAAGAAAAGAUCUUGUUUCAAGAUUUCCUCCCUAAAUUCAUCAAUAUAUGUACCGGAGGUGAUUCAUUCUGGGCCUGCAGUAGCACUGAUGGUUUCAUCUAUGUUUACUCAGAUUCAGGGAAAAAAAUUAUGCCACCUUUAUGUCUGGGAGUGCCAUGUAGCUUCCUUGAAGCUUGUGGAAGUCAUUUACUUUGUAUUACGAGUGCUGGUCAAAUGUAUUGCUGGGAUAUGUUUGCAAAAAAGUUACUAUUUCCCAUUAAUACAGUCUACCCACUUUUGGAUCCAUCCUUACGAUACACGGAUGACAUUUUAACUCGUGCAGAAAACAUAACGAUGUGUGCAGUUACACAAAGAGGUGUACCUUUGAUAACCUUAAGUAAUGGCAAUGGAUAUAUGUUCGACAAAGAUAUGGAGACAUGGCUUCUCAUAAGCGACGGAUGGUGGGCAUAUGGUUCUCAAUAUUGGGACAUGACUAAUAUCUCAAGUCUAAGUCUGAACGGUGGAAAUGACGAAGAAAAGAGGAAUAAAGGCUGGAAGUCAGGCGAUGCUCAAAUGUUGACUUCCAAAAUUAUACAGAAUAAGGAGAGCAUUGUCAAUUAUAUUGAGCGCAAGACAAAUGAUGAACUAAGUCGUAAAGGUCGCAUUAAGAACUUGCAACGUUUCGCAAGAACGAUUUUGAUGAAAGAAGGUUAUGAAAACUUGGAAGAGAUCGUAACAUUGUCACAUCUCGAAAACAGAUUACUUGUCACUUUGAGGCUAGACGAUUGCGAAGAGUUCUCAAAUAUUUUAUCAGUCUAUUGUAUAAGAUUGAGUGAGCUAGGUUAUAGUGAUCGUUUAGAUGACGUAUUGCAGUGGUUGUACAACAAUGGCAAUAUGGAUGGAUCAAUUGCAGGUAAUUCAAGACGGGAUUUACUGCAAUCUGUUUUGAUGCAUUGUUCCAAUUUUAGGCAUGUACAAAGAGUCACAACCAGUUACGCAUCUGCUUUAGGGUGGUACAAUAACGAAUAA